AAUCGUCAUCGCUGGGAAAUGGAAAACAAUUUUCAGUUUCUUACCAACUGAGUCGGGAGCUUAAGCCGUGACGUCGCGCCGUGUCGACCGGCCGUCGAGGCGGUAUGACGUGGAAAUUGCCAUUUCGCUUUUACACAUUAGCCAGACCACGGUAAUCAGAUUUUCGCUAUGAAUUUUCCAAUUCAAAUUUAUGAAUCUGCUUUGGGAUAUGCUUCCGCCACUAAGCACUAAGUGAAGACGUUGUGUGAGUUAGUUUCGUUUGAAAAUCGUCCGCAUUCAGGUUGGAAAAGUCGAGGAAAAGUGCUGCAAACGGUCGUUGACGCGCUUCAAUUUGCGCGUGUUAAUUAGACACCGAAUUUUCCCUGUCACCGGUACUACUCAGUAUUCUCUCCUCGGGCUUCCAACCGACACCCCUUCGGCUUGACCAAUGCUAUUUUGGGAGAAUGAUAACUGCAAUGGUUGUGGCUGUGUUUAUUAUUGAGCGGUGGUUGAUGACCGUGGAAAGGGAAAACUGCAAGUGAACUGUGAUGUGAAAGUGACUGUGCUAGAUGGAUUUUCCGUAGAUCUUGAGGAUCGUUUCCGGUUCCGCAAUGGCUGAACUCGAUAUUUUGCAAGAAAUCAAAGUAAAGUCCAUAGAGAAGACGCUGCUGCCGCUUCUCAGACAGAUCUCAACGCUUGUACAACAUCGUUCCGAGCGGCCUCAUGCUACGUCGGAAAGGACUAUGCGUGCCAUAGGCCGCGUCGGACAAUCUGUUAAUUUAGCCGUAGAACGUUUCGUAACGGUUGGUGAGACAAUUGCCGAUGACAAUCCAGAGAUUAAGGCUGAUAUGUAUGAAGCGUGUAAAGAUGCAAGGGCAGCAGGUUCCUCGAUAGAACGACUAUGUGAGAUAACGGCAACCGACCCUCUAGGAUACCCACCGCCAGAUGGUCCUUUAGCCGAUCGCAGUGCCAUGGUUCGAGCGGCUCGUGCUCUCCUCAGCUCCGUGACGCGAGUCCUCCUCCUAGCCGAUAUAGUUGUCGUUAAACAAUUACUCGUAGCUAAAGAUAAAGUAGCCAAAUCGUUAGGUAGACUUGAAUCGGUAGCCAGCUUUACGGAAUUCGUGAAGGCAUUUUCGGUGUUCGGUGCGGAAAUGGUAGAACUCGCUCACGUAACGGGCGAUCGACAGAAUGACCUCAAAGAUGAACGGCGGAGAGCGCAAAUGGGAUCAGCACGACAAGUCCUUGAAAGAUCAACAAUGAUGCUGUUAACUUCAUCGAAGGCAUGCUUAAGGCAUCCUGAGUGCAACAACUCGCGUGAGAACCGCGACACAGUCUUCUGCCAAAUGCGCCGCGCUAUGGAUCUUAUUCACUACGUUGUUAAAGAUGGUGUUCUUGAAUCUUCAUCAGCAUCAGAUCGACUGUCUCCACGUGGCCAAAUAUCUUCAGACUGGGAUUCGGAACGGGCAACGGCAUAUACGGCGUUACGGAAUUUCACGCGGCUUAUGGAAAUGUACCGACCACGAUAUGAUAACUUGCCCCCUCCGGAUCGACCAAAUAAUGCUAACUCCAUCAGCCCCAAGGCACUGACAGCUGCCAAUGCGAAGGACAUAUCAAACGGUAAUGAAAGGAGAGGAGACUGUGGACCUGAAUUUGUAAAUAGCAGGCGUGAAUUGAUGCGGAGUAAUAGCGAGCGUGAUCGACAUCUGGCGCGGCACAAAGGUCGAUCUUACAUGAGCCUCGAUCGAGAGGUUUCAGGGAACGCAAUGAUGCGCAUGGAUCCAAUUAAUCAAGAGAUGUCUAUUCUGAAUGCCGAAUCGAGAGAACAUCUAAUGAUUGCUCUGGACAAAGUGAUUGAGAAAACACAAGACUUCACCGAUUCCGCAUACACAAGCCACGAGAACCGGGAGAACAUACUGCUCCUUUGUGAUCGAUGUCGCCUCGAACUCAACCAAUGCUUACGAAUAGCAGUUAGUAUGGAACAAUACCCGAACCCUACAUACGACCUGGAUUCCACAAUUGACAGCGUAAUAGCCGCUGCCCACGAUCUCUCUCAGCAAUUGGCGCUCUCCGUAGCCGAUCAGUCUCCUGAACUAAAUCACGUGAUAAAACUUGGUGUUGAUCUGGUGAACAAUUUCCGAACGAUUGCCAUGAAACAGGAGCUGGAUCGGUUACAGGAGUGCGCCGAUCGUUUCCACGACUAUAUCGAUCAUAUCCUUGAGAUAUGCAAACUAUUAAGGCAUAUUGCCCUGACUGAAACCUUACAAGUACAAGCGAAAUUCACCGAGAUAAAUUUAAGGAUAUAUGGACCCCAAGUUAUAACGGCUGCCCGAGCACUUUCAUCGAACCCUUCAAGUAAAAUUGCCAAAGAGAAUUUAGAAGUUUUUGUCGAUAUGUGGCAAUGGCUGGCUAGUGAUGUGACAUCGAUAUCGAAGGAUAUUAUCGAAAUGGCACAAAAUCAAACGAAACCUGAUCGCCUGGAAUACUUAAGUUUACCUAGGCCGGGGAAACACGGUACCACAUCGAAACCUCUGAAACCCGCUCGACUGGAUCAGGAGGAACAAGAGAAAAUUGCCAAAUCAGGACUCGAAAUGAAAAUGCUUACCAACGAAAUGGACGCGGAAACCGAUAAGUGGAACGGCGAGUCUGAUGAAAACAAUGACAUUGUAAAACGCGCAAAAAAUAUGUCAGCCAUGGCAUUUUCGAUGUAUCAAUUCACUAAGGGUGAAGGCACUCUAAGGACAACGCAAGAUCUUUUCACUCAAGCUGAAUAUUUCGCUGAGGAGGCAAAUCGUUUGUACAAAGUGGUGCGACAAUUUUCAUAUCAGGUUCCCGCUGGACAAAAUAAAAAGGAGUUAUUGGAUCAUUUAGAUAAGGUGCCAACAUACGUUCAAACUUUACAAUUUACUGUUAAGGAUCCGACUGUAGGUAAAGCGGCGACAUUUGUUAAGGUUGAUCAUGUCAUCAAAGAAACAAAAAAUCUUAUGAAUGUUAUAAAUAAAGUUGUUACAACAUGUUUUGAAUGUGCCAAUAAGUACAAACUCGACUUUAGCGGAUUGAGUGGUCGGACAGUAUCUGGUUCGUCCCGCGAUGACGACAGUGGCCCAGGAGCAACGGGCGACUCAAAAGGAUCAACAACAAGUACGGAAGGGAGCAUGUGACAGUACGGGAUGGCUCGAAGAGCCAAAGGUGACGCAAGACGGACACGUGUAUCAUUUUUACUAUUUUAACAAUAGUGUUAAAAUAAGUGGAAAUCAUACACAACUUACAAAAAGAAAUCAAAGCAAAAACAAGACGAUAGAACCCUUUUUAUUCCUCGAAUCACAAAAACAAACAGAACAAUCAAGGACGCAUUACAACAGACAACAGAAAUUUACUUAUAUUCACUUUAGUAUUUAUCUGUUAACGUUUUAACGUUUAUUAUAAUUCCGUUCCAAUAUACACAAUCAAAAAUCCUGAAAAUUUCUGGAUAUGAACAUACAGAUUAUUUAUAUAUUUUGAAAAUCUUCAAAUCAAGACCAUACUUUUUGUAUCAUCCCAAAAACAAUCUUUAUCUUAACAAUCAUAUUUAAAUGGAGAAAAAUAUAUCUAUUUUAUCGUACGAUCUUUAAAAAAUUAUUCCAGUUCUUUGUAAUGUUAGAAAUAUUGUAAUAAAAGUGUUCGAAUCAUAUAAAAAUUAUUAUUCAGAUAUAAAA